AUGGGUUCCGCGUGGGAUGAACCAAAGUGCGUUUUGAUAACCGGUGGCUGUGGAUUUAUUGGGUCCAACUACAUCAACUUCACUUUCAAUAAAUGGAAAAACACAAAAUUUAUUAACUAUGACAAAUUGGCAUUUGGAGCUUCCCCAUUGCAUGUUGAGAAAGAGAUCAGAGAAUCGCCAAGAUACAUCUUUGUCGAGGCUAAACUUGAGGAUCAACCAACUUUGAUCAAAACUCUUCAAGAGAAUGAGGUUGAUAUGGUUAUCCACUUUGCUGCCAUCACUCACGUCGAUGAGUCUUACAGCGACAGAAUUGGUACCAUUCAGGACAACAUAAUCUCCACCACCACUCUCCUUGAGAGCAUUGUCAACAGCCCAUACAAGGGAGUUAAGAAGCUCGUCCAUAUCAGCACAGAUGAGGUCUACGGAGAUUCAUUCGAGGACACUACUCCAAAGUCGGAAUCAGCUUCUCUUCCGAACCCAACUAACCCAUAUGCUGCUAGCAAAGCUGCUUGCGAGAUGGUCAUUAGAUCUUACUGGCACUCUUACAAGCUUCCAUACGUGAUGGUCCGCAUGAACAAUGUCUACGGACCACGUCAAAUCCACACCAAGCUCAUUCCAAAGUUCACGAAACUUGCUUUGGAUGGACAACCGUACCCACUUAUGGGAGAUGGACUUCACACCAGAAGCUGGAUGUAUGUUGAGGACUGCUCUGAGGCUAUUACCAGAGUUGCUCUCGAAGGAAAAUUAGGAGAAAUUUACAAUAUUGGAACUGAUUUCGAAAUGACUAACAUUGAGCUGACCAAAAUGAUUCACAGCACUGUCAGCAAACUUUUGAACAGAGAACCAACGGCUCCAACAUUCGCCCCGAUUCCGGAUAGACCGUAUCAUGAUCGUCGUUAUUACAUCGAUUUCUCCAAGAUUCGCAACGCAAUGGGAUGGCAAUGCACCACUCCGUUCAGCGAAGGACUCAUGAAGACGAUUGAGUAUUAUGUGAAGUUGCAUGUGGCAACAGCUCGCCUCCAGGGUUAA